AUGGUAAUUAUUGAAGAAAAUUCGACUCAAGAAAGAAUCAUCGAAGAAAAACGACGAGCCAGGUUAACUAGAAGAUUGAAAAAUUUAACUGAUAAAUCAGGAUAUGAGAUCAUACAAAUAAAUGGUCAAAGAAUAUAUGCUCCCCCGGCCUCCACUAACAUACAGCAGCCGCCGAAAGGAUGUGAAAUUUUUAUUGGAAAAAUAUCAAGAACGAUUUAUGAAGACGAACUGAUUCCUUUAUUCGAAAAGGUUGGACCUUUGUAUAAAUUUCGACUGAUGCUUGAUUUUAACGAAAAAUCGAGAGGAUACGCAUUUGCUACAUUCUUUAAUGCAGAGGACGCCAAUAGGGCUAUUAAAAAAUUCAAUAAUUAUGAAAUUCGUCCCAAUGUGCAUAUCGGAGUUUAUAAAUCUGUGGAUAAUUGUAAACUUUUCAUUGGAAAUUUACCAAACGAUAAAACGCGGGAAGAAAUAUAUGAAAUGGUACACGCAUACGUCAGUGGAGUAGUUGAUAUUUUGAUGUUUCAAGAUUAUAAUAAUACUAAUCUGAAUCGAGGUUAUGCUUUUAUAGAAUUUGAUAAUCAUAGAAGUGCAGCUAUGGCUAGAAGACAGCUCACUCCAAACAAUCUUCGUGCCUGGAAUAGAACUCUGUAUGUCGACUGGGCUGAUCCUAUUCCAGAAAUAAAUAAGGAGACAAUGUCACAUGUGACAAUUUUGUAUUUGAGUAAUCUACCACCAAAUUUCAACGCUAACGAAAUUCGAGCAUGUAUUUGCAUUAAAAUCAACCCCCAAAUUGUGCUUAAAGUGUACAAAAAGCACAAUUACGCAUUUGUUCAUUUUAUCAAUAGAGGUGCAGCUGAAUAUGCUUACAAGAGGUUAUUAAAUUUUUCUAUAGUGCACUACCAAAUAAACGUCGAAUGGGCGAGACCUCGUUGUUACAGUAAAAAAUUCAGAGAUAAUUAUCUUGAUCAUUUUUGUAUAUCCGUACCACCGAAAAUACGAAAAAAAAUCAGGAACAAACGUUCGAAUUCUGGUAGUAGCUCCUGCACUUCUACAGAAAGUACUAUAAUAAACAAUAGUACUCAAUUAUACUCAUUAGCAUGCAGUGCUUCUAAUAUGGGAUUGUCGUUCUCCGAGCAUACCGUAUCCAAUAACUUGCCGGAGAACUAUAACUUGUAUACUUAUUUCGGAUCUUCCUUCGAUAUUUGCCCUUUUCUCAACACAGGCAAAUGA